AUGAACGAAGCAGAGAUUGCCUUGGAAUGUUAUGAAUCCAUUGCGGAAGCCAUGGAAUAUUAUGAGAAUGAGCAUUACUUUGCCGGUCUAGUGCUUAUGAAUACUUUGCUCGAGAAAUACCCAAAACAAGCAGAUGCCCUGUCCUUGAAAGGCUUGUUGAUGUGGAACCUUGGUUAUAAGGAUGAAGGGUAUCAGUUUGCUAGAAAAGGGUUUGAAUAUGAUCCAAAAUCCUCUGCAUGCUGGCGCUCUUAUGGAUAUAUGCUUACUCAAGAUAGUCGAGUGAAAGAGUCCCUCGAAUAUUACAAAAAGGCAGCCGAAUUAAGUGAAUUUACUGACAUUGAGACCACCAACGAGUAUGCCUGUGUUCAAACUCAUUUAAGAAUGUAUUCUGAAGCAUUGGAAACUAGAAAAAAGUUGCUGUAUCAGCUUCAUAAUGAACCAUCCUUUUGGAUCGGUACGGGUGUUUUAUGCUAUUUGCUAGACCAACCGGAAAUAGCUGCCAAGGUUUUCGACUCUUAUUGCGACACAUUGAUGGAAACAUCAUCAGAAUACGAUCAAUCCGAAGUACUUUUAUUUUAUACCGAUAUUCUCGAAAAGCAAGAAAAAUAUCAGGAUGCACUGGAUCAUCUUGAGAAAAUCAAGGAUGUCGUAAAAGAUCAAAGAUCCUGGAAAGAGAAACAAGCUUAUCUAUUAGAAAAAACCGGGAACAUCGAAUUGGCUGAGACAACCUACAGACAAUUGAUAUAUGAAAAUCCAUAUGAUUCUCGAUACAUUAAUAGUCUUUUAGCCGUCAAAGGAUACAACAAAGAUAAUAUGCGUACAUGGGCAAGAAAUCUAUUGUUGAAUCUAAUGAAGUCCUACCCUCGCUCAAAUACAAUAGCCGAUAUAUCAUUGAAUUACGCAACCCCAGAUGAAUUUUCAUUGGAAGUCAAAGACAUCAUCCAAAAGAGUCUUCGUAAAGGUGUUCCUUCCCUCUUUGCGAGAUUAAAGAAAUAUUAUAGAGACACAGAGAAGAAGGAUACAAUUGAAGAAAUAAUGUUAGGGCUUGUGCGUAAACUCGAAAACUCAGGGUCAUUUGAUGGAAAUGCCAAAGACUCAAGAGAACCACCAACUGCAUUAUUAUGGUCGCUUUAUUACAUUGCUCAGCAUUAUGACUUUCUUGGGGAUAGAGAAAAAGCUCUUGAUUACAUCCAAAAGGCCAUCAAUCACACUCCAACUAUUGUUGAGCUAUACAUGACACAAGCAAGGAUAUUAAAGCAUCAAGGCGAUCUUGAGACAGCCGCUAGGGUCAUGAACAGAGCACGUAAAUUGGAUUUACAAGACCGUUUUGUUAAUUCAAAGUGUACAAAAUACAUGAUGCGAGCUGGUUAUAUUGUAAAGGCAAAAGAACUCUUUAAAAUGUUUCUUGGGAAGCGAACAAAUACCAGAAAAAGCCUGCUGGACAUGCAAUGCCAGUGGUUUAUUCUUGAAGAAGGAUUGGCAUAUUUGAAAAAAGAAAACUACGCAAAAGCUAUCGAUCGUUUCUUAACUAUCGACUCAUUUUAUAAUGACUUUAAAGACAACGAGUUUGGAAUUCAUUCAUAUUGUCUACACAAAAAUACCCUUCGAACUUACGUCAAACUACUCAAAUGGGAAGAUACACUCCGAAAACAUCCUUAUUAUAUAAAAGCAGCCAAGGGAGCUAUUAAGGCCUAUCUUGCCCUUGACGCUGCACAAAAACUAGAUGCAACAGAAGAAGGGGCCAACAGAAGAUUAAAUUCCGUACUUCAGGAAGAUGGUGAAUUGUCAGAUACACAAGAUAAAGAGACGAAAUAUGUAGAAACAACAACACCAUUAGAGGACGCCCUCAAAUUUCUUGAACCUUUGCAGCGUGUGGCUCCUGAUCUUUUAGAAACACAUGCCCUUGGGUUUGAAGUCUAUCUAAGGAAAGAGCAGUGGCACUUGUCUCGUAGAUGCUUGAUAGCCAUGGCAGAAAUCAACAAGUCUCACCCAAGCUUCCUAAUUUGUAAAGAAAUGUUUGAAAAGACAGUUUCAUCAAAAUCAAUGGAAGAGAAUGCACUUUUGAAAAAGUUGAAAAAUCUGAAUUUGUUAGACGUUAGCUCCCUAUAA